UUUGUUGCAAACAUUCUUUAGCUUAUUUUAACUUAAUAUCAUGUAGCAGAUAAAUUAUAAAUACACAUUGAAGUGUUACAUCUUAAAAGUAUUGAACAUGCUUGGCAACAUGUCCUGAAAUAAAAGUGGGAGCCCAUAUUUGGACCACUUCCUCCAGUAAUAAUAAUUGUAUGACUGAUAUCGACGAUGUUCCGGUGGUGGAAUCCUAAAUCAUGGCCCUCUGCUCGCUGAUUCCCCUUUCAAUUUACUAAUUGAAUAAAAAAAAGUCCGCAUGGGCGUCGACCAAACGAAGCUCCGCCCUUUUGCUCGUCUACACCCACUACAUUGAAUAACGCAGGCAGCAACGCAUGCCGUGGCUGCGCGUCACCCAAAUCUCCCUUCUUCUCAGUGAUACUUAAACUGCAUCCGGAAACGCAUGUCUCUUGCAUCCCUCGCGACCUAUACGAUUUUUCGUUGCCGCUUCAACCCCGACACUAAACCCUUUCCGAACACGAAGGACUAUUCUCGAUCGCCGGAAUCAUCGCGAGUCAUUACGAAGAAAUUGUUCACUUUUGAACUUGAAGAAUAUUGUUUGAGCAACAUUCGCCGGUUCUGUCUCGAUUUUGCAAUUUUUCAAAUUGGAAGAAUCUGAGCAUUGGUAUCGUUGCGAAUCACAGUGCAGAAAUCGUGAUCUUCCGGUUUCCAGUUUCGCGAUCUUCAAAAUUUGGGAAGAUCGUCUUCGAACACUGGAACGUAUUACGCCAAAAAAUUUGAUACCCUUUGGAUUCGAAGAGUACUUGGAGGAAGAUUCGACCCAAAUUAGGAGGGUUGACACGUUGAAUUUCAUGAAUACUAUUUAGGACAGAUUUGAUAAGUCCAGUCCAAUUUUGCACUGACAGAAGAAUUAGUUUUAACGGUUGUUACUGUCCUGUGUGGUGACGAAGAAGUUACUUCCUCUUAAAUUCGAAGAAGAUUUACGAUUACGGGAUCGGGUCGAAGGAUUCAUUUAGUUUGUGGUGAAUGUGACAAGUUACAGUUUAUUUCGUAGAAAAUUGAAUAGUCCUAUUGGGGUGACUGGUGGAUUGUUUUGUGAAAGAUCGUGGUGAAGGGGCUGCAAUGCUGGGGGGUUACGAGACGCAACCGGAUUAUUAUCCGCAGUGGCAUCAACCCUACAAUUAUGUUACACAGCUACCAUAUGGUCCACUGAACGUUCCCGACGCGGACAGCCAAUCAACGUACUGGGGUGCGGAUUCUGGGAUCUCCGGGGGUAGUUCCGGCGCAGGAAGUCCCACCGCCUCUACGCCACCCUUGAUCGAAGAAAUUGGUGUCCAAGAGACCAGUUACUCCCCCUUGCAACAAUACCCUCACCCCUCGAUCAACCAACACUACUCCAAUCUAAUGUAUCCACCUCAGCAAGAGCUUCCUCACCACCUGCACCACCAUCAUCAUCAUCAUCAGCAACAACAGCAACAAGCCCACAGAAGAGACAGCAAUUAUUCUACGAUCACCUCGAUGAAUCAGGUCGACGUUUCUCUUCAGCAACAUCUGAGGCAAGGAACGAGGGAAGGUGGUGUAGUGAUCAGACCCAAAAGGAGGAACACGGCCAACAAGAAAGAACGAAGACGAACGCAAAGUAUAAACAACGCGUUUGCCGAUCUCAGAGAUUGCAUACCAAACGUCCCCGCUGACACGAAAUUGUCGAAGAUUAAGACGUUGAGGCUGGCAGCUUCGUACAUCGGAUAUCUUAUGGCGGUGCUGGAGAGCGACGAAGGAGAGGAGCCGCAGACUUUUCGAGCAGAAAUUUUGUCGAAUGGGAGGAGGAACAAAACGGCUCAAGCAAGUCAGAACGAGUCGUGUUUGCACGCAACGUCGAGUCUGGGUUCCGAGGAAUCGUCGAAGAGCAAAGGAAGAACCGGAUGGCCGCAGCAUAUGUGGGCCUUCGAAUUGAAGCAGGAAUCGCCAACCAACCAGAUUCAAUAAAAUCACCAACUUCUAUUUAUAUCCUCAACUUCUGUUCAAGUAUAGUUAUCGAAAAUCAAACGAACCAAAAUUCGAAACAGUAUUUUAGAUUCUUCUCAACCAAACACUUUCACCACGAUUCGUUUUUGUUUCUGAAUAUUUUAUUAGAAAUUCAUACGUAGGCGUUAUGGAAAAAUGGAGCGCGACUACACUGACACAGUAGAUGUAAAAAAGAAAAAUGAUAAGUGAUCGUUUUGUAAAUACGCGUUUAUGAGUGUACGUUACAUAUGUAAAUAGAAGUGUCUUGUUUCUUAGUUUAUAAUUAAUAUUAAUUAGUCUUCUGCAUUCUCUUCGCAUUCCUAUCCAUCACCAAAUACCAUCGAUCACGGUGAGUAAACAUUUAACUUUCGUUAACUUACAUUUACGCUUUGCAACAACUUAAAUUCUAAACUUCUUCGUUUAUAAAAUUUGUAUAGUAAGAAGAAAUAAAAAUGAAAGUGCGGAAGACUAAUUAGAGCGUAGAACGUAUAUCGGUAAACCUAUGACAAAUUAGGUGUAUAAUUGUGUAAUUUUAGGUAACUCUUAGGACCACACAUUUAAUUAUUUUAGUGCAAUAUUAAAUUUGCUAUUACUGAAUCACUCGAUUAUAAUUCAUUCCAUUGUAAUUUCCCGAGGAAACAUUUUGUAAAUUUAAAAUCGAUAAUAUUCACUUUCCGUUCUACCCGUUACAAUUUGUUUUUUAUUAUCAAAACAUUCGACUGGCUUUACUUACAAACUUUCGAAUAAAGCGAGUGACGUACAAAAAGUCACUAGCAAUAAACGGAGUGUCGUAACUUAAACUCUAAAAGUUUUCUUUUACCCAUCUCCAAAAAUUAUGUUAUUUAAAAUAAAAUAUUCGUUCCUAAAAAUUUAAGAUUAAAAAAAAGCGGAUGAUUUUUAUUCUUUGGAACAAAGAGCGAGUCAUUUUCACGGCAGAGCAUGCAAACAUUUUAACUGCGCAGAUUUCCUUUUUUUUUAUCCCUCAAGGUCUCCAGGUUUUCCCAUUACGUGGGAAACGUGUUUUCUUCAGCAACAUGCUGAGAAAGCAUUGUUCAACGGCGACGGUUUCGGAUUUCCUGAAUAUCCUGGCGCCGGUACUUGAUCUUUUAAUCCUCGCGUCUCCCUGAUACGUCCAUCGAAAGAGAAGAAGCUACUUUUGCCUUUCAUACAACGAUAUCGAAACUACUUAACACGCUCUUGCUUGCUAUAAACUUUGUUUAAAAUAUUCAGGCAUAAUCUCUGGAAGAAAUUCGUUGAUAUCGAUGAAAAAUAACAUUUUAUUUAAUUUUCUAUUCGAGAUCGUUUUUAUCAAGGUUUGAACAACGGACACGUAGCAAUCUUCGAAGUGUCAUUUAUGUCGUCACAGUUAUCCUCUUCAUCAUCACUUUGCCGAGUGUAAAAUAAACAAUUACUCGUUCGACGAUCGAUCGAGAAUCGAGACUAAAUAUUUGCGGUACCCUUCGAAGACAUCUCUAUCCACGAUGUUUCCAUUGUUUAAUCGAUUCGAUAAUUUCACGCUGACGACAUUCCAGUCUGUUUAUUGCAAAUUAACAAUCGUAUCUCUCGCUUAAUAGAAUGCAUGCUCCAUUUUGUGUUUAUAACUGAUUAUAUAC